UUGGCGGAAGGUCGGAGAGAAAAAGGCCUUCGGUUCUUCCCGACUGUCAGACAUGGAGACUAAAGCUCUAGUCUCUUUGUUCCUGCUCACGCUGCUCUACGCCGGGUGUUUGUGCAGGAACGAGGAGGAACGUCUGAUCAACUACCUGUUCAAAGAGAAAGGCUACAACAAGGAGCUGCGACCUGUUGAACAGCAGAAGGACGCCGUUGAUGUUUUCCUCGCUCUCACUCUCUCUAACCUCAUCUCCCUGAAAGAAGUAGAUGAGACGCUGCUGACAAAUGUGUGGAUCGAUCAUACAUGGAAAGACUACAGGCUAAAGUGGAAUGUGUCAGAGUUUGAUGGCAUUGAAAUGCUUCGCCUACCGCCCAGCAUGGUGUGGCUGCCAGAGAUUGUACUGGAGAACAAUAAUGAUGCCCAGUUUGAGGUGGCCUACUAUUCCAAUGUUCUGGUGCAGUAUGAUGGUCUCUGCUACUGGUUACCUCCUGCCAUCUUCCGCUCUUCUUGUUCCAUCAAUGUCAACUACUUCCCCUUCGACUGGCAGAACUGCACGCUCAAAUUCACCUCUUUGACGUACAAUGCUAAAGAGAUCAAGAUGAUGCUGAAGGAAACGAACGAUACCAUUCUGUACACUGUGGAGUGGAUCAUUAUCGACCCAGAGGGCUUCACAGAGAAUGGCGAGUGGGAGAUCGUCCACCGUCCAGCCAAGAGGAACACCUACAAGCACAUCCCCAUGGAGAGCAACAAGCACCAGGACAUCACCUUCUACCUGAUCAUCAAACGCAAACCUCUCUUCUACAUCGUCAACAUCAUCAUCCCCUGCGUCCUCAUCUCCUUCCUGGCCUCGCUCGUCUACUACCUGCCCGCCGACAGUGGUGAGAAGAUGACACUGUCCAUCUCUGUGCUUCUGGCUCAGUCUGUCUUCUUGCUGCUGAUUUCUCAGAGACUGCCGGAGACGUCCACGUCCGUCCCACUCAUUGUAAAGUAUCUGAUGUUCAUCAUGGUUCUGGUUACGGUGGUCGUGUUGAACUGCGUCGUCGUCCUCAACCUGCACUUCCGAACUCCGAGCACACACGUCAUGACCGACUGGACCAAGAGGUUUUUCCUGGAGCGGUUGCCCCGGAUUCUGCGGAUGUCCCGUCCCGCGGACGAUGAGCCCACAUGGGACAACGCGCUGCCACGGCGGUCCAGUUCGGUGGGAUACAUUGCAGGUGCGGAGGAGUAUUACAGCAUCAAGUCCCGCAGCGAGCUGAUGUUCGAGAAGCAGUCUGAGAGGCAUGGGUUUGCCAAACGGCCCACGCACGCCGCAGUGGUGAAGCCGCAGGACGAAGACGGCGUGACAGAUCAGCUGUACGGAGAGAUCAAACCGGCCGUGGACGGAGCCAACUACAUCGUCAAACACAUGCACAACAAGAACGACUACAAUGAGGAGAAGGACAACUGGAGCGGGAUCGCCCGCACGGUGGACCGGCUCUGCCUCUUCCUCAUCACUCCGGUGAUGACGUUCGGCACCAUCAUCAUCUUUCUGAUGGGACUCUGUAACAACCCCCCAUACCUGCCCUUCAAAGGAGACCCGUACAACUACAAGGAUGACAACCCACGCCUGCUGAGUAACUGAAGAAUCUACCAAUUUUGAUUUUAUUAAAUCCUGAAUUCUUAUAGAAAUAUUCCUCUGACUCAGGAGCAGUUUUUUAAGUUCUUUAUUCUGGAAAUAAUAUUUAUUUUAUAAGAACGUGUCAGAGUCGGUCGUUUCCUCUUGAAUAAGUUGCUGUAGGACCCAAACAUGCCGUGAUCACUGACACAAUAAAAACAUUGACAUUUUUAAUCAGAAA